CAGUUUUUCUUAAGGCAUGUUUGUUUGUGUGACUUGCUUUCACCUUUGCAUUUGCUAAAAUAAGAUCUAACUUCUCCAAGCCUAGCUUCUUCCUCAAGAAGGGCACAGAGUUCAGCAACACAGCGUUUAGGUCUGUUGAUGAGACCCUUGAGGAUUUACUGAACACUAAUUUUUCCAGAAAACACUUUACCUGAAAAUAUCUGCGUAUACAAAUUCCAGUAGAACCUGCCACAUCGGCUUCAGGGUCAUGGUAAAUCAGGAGUUAAAUGGUUGCUGUAAAGCAAUUUUAUCUGUGUUUGGCAGAGGCUGAAACUGAGUCAUGUGUGAAUAUUUGGAUUUGUCACACCCUCUUGCUGUAGUAGACAAAGAACAAACUAGCUCCUUACCAUAAACCUCAAGCCUACAGGAUGCAUUUGGAGGACAGAUCAAUCACUCUUUAAUCUCUUACAGGAGGGGGAAAAAAAUCCCUCCACAAAACGUCCUGUGAGAUGAAGUAGAACGGUAUCAUUAUUUGGCUAUCUGGAUUUCACGUACUACAAUGAAGAUACUUGUUUUCAUAGGACUGCUUUCUUUUACCUCCAGUCUUUACACAACAGCUUCAGAAUUUUCACUGAAUGGCUCUGCAAUUAAAACUGUGUCUCUUAUCAAGACUUUCCGUGGAAUUUCAGCAAGAGACUAUGAUUACAUUCCCCCUUAUGCUAUAGAAGGGGAGACAACAACAACCAUCCAUAUCAGAGAACAAAAAUGUUCUUCCAGAAAGUUAAAUGACUCUACAUUAACAGAAGUGAACAACACCACGUUGGAGUAUCUGACCAGUUCUUUGAGUACCAAGCUAAUACCUACUGUCUACCUCAGUGCUGUUUUAUUGGGUGUACCAUCCAAUGCCAUAAUUCUGUGGAUGCUGCACUUCCGGAUCCGUUCUGUGUGCACUGCCAUCCUCUACACAAACUUGGCAGUUUCAGAUCUGCUGUUCUGCAUCAUGCUGCCCUUCAAAAUUGCAUAUCACAUCAAUGGGAACAACUGGAUUUUUGGGGAAAUGUUAUGUCGAGCUACCACUGUGGUGUUUUACGGCAACAUGUACUGCUCAAUUCUGCUGCUCAUGUGCAUCAGUGUCAGCCGCUACGUGGCCAUCGUUCAUCCCUUCACCUACAAGAGCCUGCCGAAACGUGCCUAUGCCAUUGCAGUCUGUGCUACUGUGUGGAUCAUUGUCUUCUUGUACAUGCUUCCACUUUGCAUAAUGCAGCAAAGCUAUUAUGUGAAACAACUAGACAUUUAUACCUGCCAUGAUGUGCACAGUGCUUGUGAAACGAUAUCUUCCUUCCAGUUCUACUACUAUGUUUCUCUAGCUAUAUUUGGGUUUUUAAUACCUCUUACAACUAUCAUUUUCUGCUAUGUAUCAAUUAUACAAACACUCAAGACCCAUGAAUGGUUCUGGUAUGUUAAAGUCAGCCUUCUGAUCCUUACCAUCUUUGCUAUUUGCUUUGUGCCAAGCAAUAUUAUCCUUAUCGUCCAUCACAUCAACUAUUACUAUUACAACACAGAUGGGUUAUAUUCUUUUUAUCUAAUUGCUUUAUGCCUUAGUAGCUUAAACAGCUGUCUCGAUCCUUUCCUUUAUUUUCUGAUGUCAAAAAUUAGAAGUCAAUCCAAUAUUUAUCUAACAAUGGUUAAAAUAUCUAGGGAAAAAUGAAUUAAGUUCUAUAUUUAUAUUAUUGGAAUUAUGAUUUUGUAUAGUAUUAACCCAGACAAAGAAACCUCAGGUGCAACAAUUAAUUUUAAAAAAUUAAAAAUGUUAAACAAUCUCAGUAAAAUUUACUUCCUUCCACAUGCCACACAAGGGACAUCCUCAGAAAUAUACUUUAAGCACUAUAAUUUUAUCACAUGUAUUGCAACAUCCGGUGUACUUAAAUUCAAGGAAGUGUCUCCACACCUCUAUUUCCUUCUGAGAAUUUCACCUUCAUGGCCAUGAACAAGAAACCAGAGUAUGAGUCAUUAAAGCCUCCAAACACCAGAAGAGGAAUCCAUUUACAAACAGUAUUUUUAGACUCAUUCAUGGUUUCCAUAUACUUCAGAUUAGCUUUCAGCCUACAAUCACUGCAGGAACAGUGAUGUGAAAACAUGGUUUUGGACCAGUGGAAAUGGGAACAAGUAAAAGCAGAUUCUAUGUGCCUGGAAACUGUCAAAGCUUUGCAGAAGAUCCCUGUCACACAACUGAGAGCAAGUACUGCCCUGGACGCUGGAAAUAAAGAGCCAGAGUCCCCACAGGUUCAAGGAGCAACAAAUCUGCAGCCACAGACAUGGCAUCUGACACUUUCAAGACAGCAGCCCCUAUGAGGCUGCUUAACCAGCUUUGCACUAGGGACUUGUUCUUCCACUUUGUCAGCGUCUGCACUGUUCUAGCCAAUGAGGAUUGGCUGGAGCUAACCCUUAUCAGUGUGAAUCCAGGCAUGUAUUAUUCUUGCUUUGUAAGCAAAGCAAGGAAGUUAUUGUAUAGUAUUCUCUAUUUCUACAUCCUCACAGGAAAUACCUAGAGUAUUACAUAUUACAAAUACUAAACUUAGUUAUAAUUGAUUGUCCCUGUCAGUAAAGCAAAGGAUUAGCAUUUAUGUUUAUAGAAAUUCAAAACCUACAUAUAUACCUACAAAAGUUCCUACAAAAUUAGCUCAAUGGUUGGCAUUUGCAUUUGUCACUGCAGCAUAUAAGACAGUGAUGAGACAGAAGUAUUUUACCGCAGUUUGAUAAUAGUAUUUUUAAAAUUUUACUUCAAAUGAUUUACACUGAAAAUGUCUCAUAGGAAUUUGCAGUCUGCUAAGAUUCCCUCCCUUCAAUUUCCUCUGGCUACUAAUUUGAGUUUGUUUUAAUCAUGCCAUUCCUUUAACAUCCACACAAACAGAUUUUAAAAGCAAUUCUAAAAUAAUUCCUAUGUUACAUAACUAUUGUAAAUAUAAAAAAUAUAAACAAUAUAAAAAAUAGGCACCUGUGUGCCUAUUACUCAUAAAAAGAAAAUAACACAGGAAUAAUUUCAGAGUUUGGCUAAUCUGCUUAACUUUCAAGGUAUCCAAAUGCUCCCGAAACAUGGUGUUUCUCUUCACUCGGACCUGAAUAUGCUUGGUUUGUAAUGGCCUUGAGAGUCAUUGGUAGCUGUGGCUUAAGAUUACAGAAAUAAAUUCCAGGUUUGCGUUUUCCAUUUCAAGCAAGGAACAAGUAGGUGCAGACUGAGAUUAAGACCAGUAAUGGGUACUGGGAGAUUUAGGCGCACACUUUACUUCCACCACAGCUACAGAGAUAUGACAGCAGGCUGGUUAGAAUAAGCGAGCUGGUUUGACUCAUAUUUUUCCAGAUGCUUGGAAACACAGGAAGUUCACAGGCAGACCUAUCUGCUCCUCGUAAAUCAAAUACUUCCUUUCACCACAGCUCAAUCUUAAAACAUGUUAAAUACAAUUAAAGGCAGAUCUUCUCUAUAAACAGGGCUCAGGAAAAUGAGGAAUAGAGAGACUUUAGACAUUGCGCUAUCUUUCAAUUCUGCUUGGAUUAUUUUAUUUUUUUAGGAAAGUUCCAUCUACAUCAUAUCUUUACUUCAAUAAUGGUGAUGCCUGUGUGAUUGACUCGCAUAGAGAGUAUUUCAGAUUAAUACAUCUGAACAUUUCUUUUGGGAGCACACACAGUACAGUGUCCUCUUCCUGAGCUGGAGCAACGUUCCCGUUUACAGAGGGCAAGUUUUAAGUACUUGUCAGGGGACUGCAAAACCAAAAUGCUUCAGGACACAAAGGCCAGUGGAAGUCUCUAAAAGCAUCACAAUUUUUUGAACAAGAAGAUUUCAAAGAGAUUGCACAAUUUUUUGUUCCAAAACCUGAAGACACUCGUUUGCUUCCUAUCAGCACAUUCACACAGGGGCAGGAGUAGGCACCAGUUUUGCAUUCGGGGAGAACAGCAACAGACAGCAGGCGUAAGCCAAGGCAGGACUACUGUGUGCAGGCAUGUGGGCACACGUGAGCUGUAGAUUACUGCCUUGGGGGCAUCCUGGCUUAUUACAUAUGCAGAAAGGGUCUGGCAUGUCCUGAGCCAGAACUGCACAGCUACCAUCUGCAUGGACACACUCUGCAUGCAAACACCAACCUUAGCCCUUCCAGGACAGUUAAAGCAGUCUGUGCGCACUUAACCAUCCCCAGCACACACAGCGAGGGAGGACACACUUCAUCCAGGGGUCUAUGAAGGCAGCCCUUAUCUGGGAACCCAAGCAAGAAACAGAUGUCCACAUUUGUUUUGACUGUUCUGUGGAUUUUGGAAACAGUUUCAUAGCAUGUUACCACAGCUGAAAUGCCAAGAUAGCUGGAAGAUAUUUCUACAAGUCAAAGUUCAGAGAUUUUCUCUAGCUGACCAUAAUACUUUAGGAAUGCAUUAUGCUGAUUUUAAGCAUCUUUUCCUAAUACUGGACAUUUUAAGCGCUGUGCUAGCAGUAUCUUUAGCUAAUCUUUUGUUCAGUCACAUGCUGUAAGCUGUUAGCCUGAUCUUUGUUUAUUCUUCUGAGCUGUGAUGCUAACAAGGGCACUGCUUUGGGGGAAGCAGAUAGCAAUAUCGUGUUGAGAUAGGUUUAAAUUGAAGGCACAUGCAAAACACCCAGCUGCUAGUUGCAUGAUAAAUCCAGAAGAAAAAUUACAUACAAAACUCUACUGUUACAAAACACCAAAUUUAAGCAACUGAGACUCCUAAAAGUAGUUCCCAGGCUUUUCUCCCUCAGCAUGCCUGUGGCACCUUAGUGGCAAAACCCUCAGUUCUCAUCUACCUUGUAACUACCUGCAUGACAGUCUAGUAACUAGAUCUUUGCAAAAAUUCAUAACUAUGUCAGGGCUGUCGCUGCCCACAUACUCUAGUAGCUGCAGCAACCUAGUAGAAUUAAAAAUAAGCAAGGUUACAUCAAGUCAGUAGUGACACACACAGAAUACAUCUCAAUAUUAAACACAGAGAAUGAAUCCCUUUAGCCAGACAGAAUAAGUUGUAAUGGAAAGUUUCUUAGUGCUGGUUUGCAGUCAUUGUUUUUUUCACAAGUCCAUCGUCACGACUAAUCUAAAUAUCAGGGGAACAGGGCAGUGACACGUGUAAAUUAAAAGAAUUGACAUUCCAGUUACGACAAUCAGCUACAGUCAAAGC